AUGGACAUGUUUGCUAUCCAUGGGGACCUCCAUAAGAUAAUAUUAUAUGUUACUUAUACCGAAGCCAAGUGUGUUAGUAUGGAUGAUGGGUGUAGUGGCAAGGGAAAGGAACAAAUGCAAGAUGAUGAUGAUGAUGUUGACUGUUAUGUAGUUGAUGAUGAUGAUGAUGAUGAUGAUGUUGCUGGUCAUAGCCAUGGCAAUGAUGAGGGGCUGGAUGAUCAUCAUGAUGUUGAUGAUGGGGAAUUUAAGGGUUUGUAUGAUGAUUGUGAUGCUUACUGGGAAGAUGAUGGUGAGGAUUAUUCGGAUGAAGAUGGUGGGGAUCAAGAGAGUUCAGAUGGUGGGGAUCAUGAGGGUUCAGAUGAGGAUGAUGGUAACGAGGGUGUACAUGAUGGUGGUAGUGCUGAUUUGUUUGACUAUGAGCCUACUAGUGACUAUGAUAGUCCAAGGGAGAGGGGCAAUACACUGGAGUUUGACUUUUCCAUACCAAGAUUUCGGGUUGGUAUGGAGUUUACCAAUGUGAAAGAGUUUAGGCAAACACUGAGACAAUAUUGUGUGGUGGAGGGUAUAGAGAUUAAAAGAAAGAAAAAUGAGAAGUGUAGGUUUAUUGGAGUGUGUGUUGUAGUUGACUGUGGCUGGAGGAUUCAUGCCUCCCUUAGCUAUGAUGGAGGCAACUUUAUAGUUAAGACCCUCAAUGAUACACAUAGUUGUAUCAGGGUGACUACAAAUAGGAAGGCAACAAAUACAUGGGUGUCAACAAAGAUUGAAGGGUUGUUAAGGGCUGAUCCUACCAUGUCAAGUAGUGUGCUUAGGUCUGAAAUUAGAAUAAUGUUUGUGAUAGAUGUGACAUGGAGGAAAGUACAUAGGGCAAAGCUUAAGGUUGUUGAUAGGAUUAGGGGAUCCUUGGCAGAUUCAUAUGCAAUACUCCCUCAGUACUGUACAACCUUGCUUGCAAGCAACCCUAGGUCUGUUGUGAAACUGCAUGCCCCACUUGACUCAGAAGAAAACACAUAUGAGGUUUUCAAGAGAGUAUUCAUAUGCCUUGCAAGUCCAAGGGAUGGGUUCUUGGAUGGUUGCAGAAAGAUAAUUCAACUUGAUGGUUGCCACACCAAGACUGGUGCAAUAGGGGGUAUAAUACUCACAGCUGUAGGGAUUGAUGGCAAUAAUGAAAAUUUUCCUAUUGCAUAUUCUAUAGUGGAAGCUGAAAGCAGAGACAGUUGGACGUGGUUCUUGGUUGAGUUAAGAGAUGCUCUAGGUAUUGAUGACGCACACAGGUGGACAUUUAUGUUGGAUAGGCAGAAGGGCAUUGUUGAAGCAGUAUCAUGUUGCAUGCCUGGUGCAAAUCAUAGGUUUUGUCUACGUCAUCUAUAUAACAACUUCAAAAAUCUAUUCAAGGGAAAACCAUUGAAGGAUGUUGUAUGGGCUGCUGGGAAAUCAUAUACCCAGUCUGACUUUGUUCAUUACAUGGAAAGGCAUGUUGCUGAUCAUGAUCAUACCCAGUCUACAAGAAGGAAAGUUUUUCCACCCAGGAGAAGGGCUAUUUCUACACAAGUUGUUGCUAGUUCAUCAUCAGGAGCAACAAGUGGUAGUGCAAGUGGAAUGUCUGAUAGGGGUGGUAGGACAAGGGGGAGGGGGAGGGGGAGGGGAAGGUCUAUUAGUGGAGGUAUAGGUGGUAGAGUUGACACGGGGAACUUGCAACAUCCAGACAUUGUUUCAUUAGGAAGACAAGUAGAGGAACAGAGUAGCCAGGAUUUGAGAUACUCCCAACCAUGA